GUCACUGCAGCGAACGCCAUUUUGAAAUAGAACGCCGUGGGUGGACCAGAUCGGACACGAAUAUAUUGCAAAAUUUACACUAAAACACGUUGAUUAAUUGAUCAGCAAACGCAGGGCAGCCAUGUCAUCAGAUAACCAGGACACGGAGACGCAAUCGGAGCAGAUGGACGAGACUCAGGAAUCCCAGGACACAAACUCAAACCCAGUGCGGACAGAGGAGGCCAAAUUGAAAGCAAAGUAUCCCAGCUUGGGUCAAAAGCCAGGUGGCUCUGACUUCCUGAUGAAGAGACUGCAGAAAGGGCAAAAGUAUUUUGACUCAGGAGAUUACAACAUGGCCAAGGCAAAGAUGAAGAACAAACAGCUGCCUGCCGCAGCCGGUCCAGACAAGAACAUCGUCACCGGGGAUCACAUUCCAACCCCUCAAGACCUUCCGCAGAGAAAAUCCUCAUUGGUAACAAGUAAACUGGCAGGCUAACGUCACCCAUAGGUUUUUGACUAAACCCUCUUACCAAACUUCCAAAAACUCCCCAGCCCCUCCAGACCAGCUUCAUCAGGACUGGUUAUCGACUUAUUUGUUUUUAUUUGUUUUCAUUUGGGUGUAGAAUUUUGCCGUCAUUUUUGUUUCACUUCAGCAGGUCUAACCAACCCAGCUCUGUUACCCUCUUCAGUGUCCCACAUAGAGUAGGAAUAAACAAAACCCUCAGUACUUCAGGCCCCGGUGGAGCAUGAUGCACUUUACUCUGUGUACCCUGUACAUCAGUGAAAUUAUGAACAAAACCCUGAAGACUUCAGAAAAUGCUGUUCAAAAGAUGCUUUUAAAAGUGUCCAAUUAUUUGAAAAUGAUUUAAGAUUGUUUUAAAAGGCAUUGUUUCCUAAAUAGAUUAUACUUGAUAGCCAUUGGCCCCAGAUGUACAUUGUCAGCCCUCUUUUUCAUUCAUAAUGACAAAUGAAUGAAUGUUUUAUGAGAAUUUCUUUGAAAAAAGCAAAUUUUGGUAAAGAGUGGCUGGUAGCUGUGUAGCCUUCGUCCGCUCUUCUACCUCUCACUCUCUAAAUAUGGCUCCGUUGAACCAAAUAAAGGCUGCUUAGGACUGGAUCGUUUUACUAUUCUCAGCCUUCACCUUCCAUGUUAGGAUCUGAGCAAGCGGUUCCAAUCAGGCUGAUUAGAUUAUUGCAAUCGCAGUUUUUGGGUGUAAACCGAGAAUGUUGUAAUUCACUGAUAAUAGCCAAGAGCAGAAAUGGUCUUUUAAUGUGGCAUGAUAACAAAAGGGGCUAAAGAAAAUGAUCUCGUCAUCGCACAAAGCAUGCGUUAAAAGAUAAAGUAUGUUCAUAGAAAGUAGUGGCUAUAUGUGUUCAAUAAUUAGGGCAUCUGGAGUCAUUCAGCUUUUAUGUACACUAAAGGAAAUUUGCAGAAUUAAGCAGCACCCUUGGUUCACUUUUGUAAAAUAUUUUAGAUCUAAACAGUACAAUAGUUAAACUUGGACAGUGUAACAUGUUUAAACCAUAUAAAAAGUAUUGGAAAACAUUAACCAUAGAUUGCUUUGACGUGCCGCUUAUUACCAGGUUUCAAAUCAAAAGCAUUUAUACAGAUGACUUUAGGGCAUAUUAUAUCCUGUAACCCAUUUGUUUCCUCAAUUUUCCUUUUAUUUAGCAAAGUGUCCUUCUUCAGAGGGCAUGAAUUGAUUAACCUCUGUAGCUUCUUCAAAGUCUGAGGAAGUCUGUGCAGGGCUGUUUUAAAUCAUUGGAAACUUUGUAGUGGAUCUUAACAUCUAAUUUAUUCCAGGCUGUAAAACUUUGUACACUCCUUAAAGAGUCCUAGUUUGAGGAUAGAUACUUUACAGAGCAAAUCUAGACUCAACCUAGGCAGUCAAUCCAGGUGUCUAAAUCAGGAUUUGCAUAGUCUAAUAAAGUUGCCCCUUCUAAAACCACAUACUCUCCUACAUGUGGCCUGAAGAUUUAAAAGAAAGUGUGUUAAGCCAUGUGAAUAAACAAAAACAUGUAUAUUAAUGCAUAUUAUUCUUGGUAAAAAUAAAAUACUGUACUAUCACUAUGUAAAUCUCACUAAAAGGUGAAUUACAUGUAAGGGACUGAAUGUGUUUUUUCAUGUAUGGUUGAGGAGCUGGUGGCAGUUGGCAAUACAUCAGGGAAAUAUGAUGGUCUUGACUUAGUUUUUGUCACUUGAUGGUAUGUGUGGACGUACAAUGUUUCCUUUGAGGAAUGCGUUAUUGCACAAUGCUAGGAGAUAAUCUUAUUUUGUGCUGCAGCCAAAUUGUAAAUAGUCAAACUGUGCAUCUGGUGUCAUAGUUGUGCAUUUUGUCUUGCAUUAUCUGUGUCGGUUGUCUUUCCAAUAUACACCAAGUUUGUGUUUUAUCUUUUAUUUGUUAAUAUUGUGUGUCUGAAUCUCUCUGCUUUUUGUUAAGACAUAUUGACAAGAAUAUCAUCAAUUCUAGUGUGAGAAAUGUAAAUAUUGGGGAUUAGGAUGCUUGUAUUGUAAUUAAAUAAAGCCACUUUAAUUGGGUGGACUUAAUUCAGACAAAUCUGAACUGAAAACCUUUCCACAAUACUGCAAUGUGAUAUUCAUGGUAACUACAUAUUAACUCUAAAUCUACAACUUAAGGGGCUCUCUAUUAGACACACAAAGAUGUAUUCUUUGCAUACUUCAUGGAGCUUUUGGUGUUUAAAUAUUUUAUUUUUGUGCCCCAUUUAUAUAUCCUUUAUUGUUUCAGUUGUUUUGCCUGAAUUACUUUGUGUUUCAAAGUGGAUUUCCGGAACUUUCCAGAGUCAUCUGGUCUCUUACAAUUAUAUUUACAUGGAAGGACGCAGUAAAGCUAGAUGUUUAAAAUGAAUACUGGAGCUAUGUCUGAACUUCAAAUAAAGUUUUACAUUAAUAACAAAACCA